AUGAGGCAGUGGGAGCCAAGAGCCCUACCAAUAGAUGGGCCCUUCAUGUCCCUGUGCUACGACAGUGAGUCACACCGAGCAUUAGUUUCUUGUAGACCAGGACCAAAUGGAUCAGAGAGGUCCAGGCUGACGCUGUGUAAGCUGAAGGCAAGUGUUCCGAGUGGAGAAGUUUUGUUUGAAACUGAGCAGAGCUUCGCCGGGUCUGCAAGGUCCACAUUAAUGUCUCGAGCGUCUUGGGUCAGGGCGCCAGGUGCUUCCUGGGUGGCAGCGCAUUCUGAAAGUGAUUCAACAUUGUUUCUACAUGGAUUGGAUGGUGCCAGGACUAUGUCGUUACCGGCUGCAGAACCAGCAUUAGAUGUGUGUUCGGUACAGUUGAACGGUGACACUGUUGUAGCUGCGUUGUCCGAAUCUAGGUUAAGACUUUAUAAAGCCGUGGCAACAAGCUCAUGA